AUGGCCAAUUAUUUUCCCGGCAACUCCUCGGAAAUCGGCAUCCUGAUGAACCCGGCCUACGUGGGGUACUCCGGCAGCCACACUGCCGCCGCCACGUCAGCCUCCGGCCUCCACGGCUUCCUCCCGCCGCACGUCCAAUACAGCCUCUACGGCCUCCCGGUCGAUCCACCGCAGGGACUCUCCCUCAGCCUCUCCUCUCAGCCGUCACUCGCCGGAGGAGACGGCGGCGCCGGGGCUGCGGUGGCGGCCCCGAUGCCGGAAUCUGGGAUAUCAAACGGAGUGCUCCUGAGCUCCAAGUACCUGAAGGCUGCUCGGGAGGUUCUGGACGAGGUCGUCCGUGUCGGAGGAGGGGCCGAACCGGGCAAGGGGCGGCGCAAGAGUGCCGGAGACGGAUCACCGGCGGCGGUGGCCGAGCUGACGGCGGCGGAAAGACAGGAAAUUCAGAUUAAGAAAGCGAAACUCGUCAAGAUGCUCGAUGAGGUGGAAGAGAAGUACAGACAGUACGACCACCAGAUGCAGACGGUGGUCUCGUGGUUCGAGCAAGCAGCCGGUGUUUGCUCCGCCAAGACCUACACUGCCCUCGCACUUCAAACCAUCUCCAGACAGUUUCGUUGCCUUAAGGAUACAAUUUUAGGACAAGUGAAGGCCGCCAGCAAAAGCCUGGGCGAGGACGACAAUUUGGACGCCAAAACAAAACGGUCGAAGCUCAAAUACGUUGAUAACCAAAUAACACAACAGAAGGCCUUGCAGCAGUUGGGAUUGGUACAGCACAAUGCCUGGAGGCCUCAAAGAGGCCUGCCCGAGAAAUCAGUUUCCGUGUUACGCGCAUGGCUUUUCGAACACUUUCUCCACCCAUAUCCGAAGGAUUCGGACAAACUGAUGCUGGCUAAGCAGACGGGGCUUACCAGAAGUCAGGUGUCCAACUGGUUCAUCAAUGCUCGAGUUCGCCUCUGGAAGCCGAUGGUUGAGGAAAUGUACAUCGAGGAAAUGAAAGAUCACGAAAAGAGCGGCACGGUGGACAAAGAAAACAUUGACAGAACAAGCAAAAUCGAGCACACAAACAACAACGACGACCCCACUUCAAAACCUCCAAAGGGGCCAACAUCCAUCCAGCCGGGCUUCAACAUCAUCGGCCCACCUUCCGAAAUCGAGGCCCAGCACAGCCCCAAGAAGCUCCGUUUCGGGCUCGACAUGCACACCGUCAGUGAGCCCACGAACGAGCGGCGCGCCCAAGAUGUGUCGGGGUUCGGGCUGGUGGGUGGGCCGGCCAACUUCACAGGCGGAUUUGGAGCAUGCCCAAUGGCCGAGUUUGGGUCUGAACAGCAGCAGAAGUUCCACGGGGGCGCGGGUCCACUCUACUCAAGCAAUGUGUUCUCGCUCACACUGGGCCUCCCGCACCGCGAGUACAUCGGGCCCCACCAGACGUUCCUCCAGCCUGGCGGGAACCCGACAAACGUGUACGAGAGUAUAAACAUUCAGGACAGGAAGAGUUUCGCGGCGGCCCAGCUGUUGCCGGACUUUGUGGCUUGA